ACUUCUUGGUUGUUCAAACAAUUUAACGUCCAAGUUGAUUGAGAGGUAUUCGUGAAUGUCUCCCACCCAGUUAUCUAUAAUGCCCCCUGGCUUGUUUAUAGGUUUGUCCAACCACUGACUGGGAGGGAUCAAGUCUUCCGGUGAGAGUGAUCAAGCAACAGCCUUGUCGCUCAACAAGCUGAUGCUCGACUACACAGCACUCUUUACGGACGACGGAAAGCCUGCCGACGUUGAAGAGUCCGACUGGCUAAAAGUCCCUUUAGUGACAGACUGGAACGCUGCAGGAGCAAAGCUCGGUCAUCGCAUCUACCCGCUGGGACCAAAACAGCGCGAGUUGGUUGAUAAGGUGUUUGAUAAACUCCAUACGCAGGGUCGUAUGGCUUGGUCGAAAGGCAAGUGGAUAGGUAGGAUAAGUAGAUACUUGCCUCUGUCGAUAAGCCUCUAGAGGUAGGUAUAUUAUGCCUUAAUCUCUCUUAGCAGGC